CCCAGUGCCAUGGCAACAGACAGACAGACCACACCCACCCGGCACCUCUCAGUCCCACCUCCAAGUGAGUCAUAAACAUGUGAUAAUGAGUAGAAUGUUCAGGAGGAAUGAGAUGUGAUUUAUAGUAUGUCCAGUAAAACCAUUCAAUCACUCUCUCUUUUCUUACUGUCUCUUUGUCUCAUCUCUCCAGCUCUCUACUCUUCUGUACGUUCUGUCCCUCUGAGACCCAGACUUCAUUCUCCAAAUGGCCACAGAGUGGCGCCCCCGAGACACAGCCCGGCCCUGCAACCAAUCGCUGUUGCCACUGCCCGACAGGCCCUGCCCAGCAGACAGUGGACUCGACCAGCCAGCAGUUUGUCAUCUCAAACCCCACCCAUACAGACCACCCCAGCUCAAUCGCAGGUCAGCUCAGGCUCUAGGCCCCUCCCCUUGGGUUCUACUUCCUGUUUUGAUCAGUUGCCGCCGGCAUCAAGGCAGCUGCAAAUCAUUGCCCUCUCCGCUGGCUCCACCCACCGCCUCAGCAGCCAACUACAGCCUGCUGCCAACACACACACCCCAGCUUCUGUCCAAUCAAAGCACCUGGUUCUUGAGUCCCCACCGCCUCAGCUCGAUGCCCAACCACAGAGGACUUCUGACCACGCCUCUCCCUCUCCCACCUCCUCCAUCCACAAACCCAACUCACCCCUACCCUACCCUCGUUAUCAGGCCAGACACAUUGAGCCAGAAGGAGAAGUGGGGAGACAGGGGGUAAGGGAGGAGAGAGAGAGGGUGGGGGGAGAGGAAGAGGAGCAGAGGGAUAGAGAGAGGGUGGGAGGAGAGGAAAGGGGGAUUGUGGAGAAGAGAGGAGAACGGGUGAGAGAGAAAGAGGACCAAAGAGAUAGAGAGAGGGUGGAAGAGGAGAAAGGUGGGACUGGAGGAGAGGAAAAAUGGAUGGAGAGAGUUAAAGUAUUUGAGACACUGAGAGAGAUGACAGAAGUAGAGGAGGGGGAGGAGAGAGAGAGGAUGGAAGUAGAGGAGGGGGAGGAGAGAGAGAGGAUGGAGGUAGAGGAGGGGGAGGGGGAGGAGAGAGAGAGGAUGGAGGUAGAGGAGGGGGAGCGAGGACAGAAAGAUGCGAUGAAAGGAGAGGAGGAGGGGACUACAAUUGACCAGGCCAGUCUGAUAGACCCACACCUCAAUGCAGACCCGGCUACUCAGAACUACACACACCCUCCCUCAGAACCCCCCAUAAACCUCCAGAGACCAUCAGACCGUCCCAUUGAGCAAUCCCCACACCUCCCCCACGUGGACCAAGAGGACCUCUGUGAGAACAUGUUCAAUCAGUCUGACAACCAAUCAGGUACCAGCGUCUCUCCACCAUUACUUUUAGCCUUGGCCUAUUAAUUAAACUUUAAACUAACCUUGUGUUGUGAACUCUUCCUCCUCUCUCCCCCCUCCUCUCCCUCCUCACAGAACUAUCAGCGAGAGAAACCAGACCGAUUUCCAGGAAUCAUCAUCAUAGACACGCGCCUCUCCCUCCCUCUCCCCCCCCCACCUCAUCUCCCACCCCCCCCUCCUCUCCCACUUCUCUUUUCCUCCCCCCAGUCUUGUCCAGUCUCUCCUCUCAGUCUCCCCCUGCCUCACCCUUCCUCACCCUUUCAUCUGACCUCCCCCCUCCUCUCCUGCCUGUUAGCCCUUCCCACCCAGAGACCCUCAGCCUAUCAGAGAGCCGCCCAGAGACCUUCACCCUAUCGGAGCGCAAGCCUUGGUCACAGAGGGUCUGGCCAGAGGGCGGGAGGCGUGUCUUAACUCACCUGGUGGAGGGCUUCAUCAUACAGGAGGGGCUGCAGGCAUUCCCGGUAAACACACACACACGCACACAUUUUUUUGUAAAGUACAUCUUCCUACACGGGAUAUAGCUGGUGUCUAGUUGGUGUCAUAUACUUAUACAUUAACAGUAUAUACAGUAUAACCUUUGUGUGUGCGUGCCUGUGUGUGUGUGUACCUGUGCAGGUGAACCGCUCGUCUCUGUUGUUGGGAGGGCAGGAGGGUGUCUCCCAGAAUGGGAAAAUAGAGGGGGCGGAGUUAUUACCGUUGACAGACACACCAGAGCCACCGGAACAUUCCAGCGAAUCAGAACAAGAGCGUGUGGCUAAAGAUGACCCGCUCACAGGUAAACCACCUUAAUAUCCUGGUUCUGAGUCAAUAUUCAAUUCAAUAUUCAAUUCAAUUUAAUUAUCUCUCUGAAUCCAAACCACACUAGGUCCCAGAGAGAGACAGAGGGGGGUGUUACAGUGUGAGUCUUGUGGGAAGAGAGGCCACGCCCACUCCUUCUACCGCUCCAAGCGAUACUGCUCCACUUCCUGUGCCCGCAGGUAAGCCACACUCCCAUUGGCUGAAUACAGAAACAAGACAGUGACAGAUUAGUUAUUCUCUCUGUCUAGACCAGCGUUUCUCAAACUAGGGGUUGCGACCCAAUAUGGGGUUGCCUGAUUUGAAAAUGGGGUAGUGAGAGAAACUCAAAAAAUAUAUAUAUAUAUUUUUUAGCAUUUGGUUCAUAGAAUCAGGGUAACGUCAGUAACCUCCGGUAGCCGCUAGAUGCGGUUGUAAUAAACAGAGCGAUUUCUGUUAUCUUCCUACAAAUGUAGCUUCAAAAUAUUAUGACCCCAUCACUAGAAGAUAAGACUCAGGAACACGUAUGUGUCUUCUGUUUCCCUCUACAAUGCCCACAAGCCGCACAGGACUCAUUAGGACUGAGUGGAAAGACCAGGCACUACAUCAGACUGGGGGGGAAAGAACAUCAUCAAUGAAGAUGUUCUUUUCUACACAGAAGAGCAUACAAGAUGAUUGCCUGAUGAUCUUCUGAACUUCCCAAUACCUUUCUGAUUCUGAUUUCAAACCAUACUUCCUUCAGAUUGAAAAACUUUCAAAAGUACUGUCAGACUGAUUUGUAAUAGACUGUCAUAGCCCCAAUUAAAAAAGUAAACAUUGGCCGUUGAUUACAUAAAUUUUUUUACAUGGUGUGGUCGCAAAAACAAUGUAUAUCAAAAUGGGGUCACGGGCCAAAAACGUUUGGGAACCCCUGGUCUACAUUUACAUUUACAUUUACGUCAUUUAGCAGACGCUCUUAUCCAGAGCCACUUACAAAUAGGUGCAUUCACCUUAUAGCCAGUGGGAUAACCACUUUACAAUGUUUUUUUAAAAUUAUUUUUUGUAAUUUUUUUUUGGGGGGGGGGGGGGUAGAAGGAUUACUUUAUCCUAUCCCAGGUAUUCCUUAGACAGCAAGUUCUAUGUGAUGUUGUUGUUUAACCACAGAUAGUCUAUUUACUACAGGUGUACUGUACAGACAUUCAUAAACACACCAAAAUACACCCUCACGCAGAAGCUGUGAUCAGACAGGAGGUCAGAUGUGAUAAAUCAACCCCAGAGAGCUCAGAGAAAGGACAUAUCAUCAUCAUCUUUCUCUCUGUCUUUCUCCCUCUAGGUAUGAUGUAGGGCUGUCCAAGCGUCUGCGUGCUCUGAGUGCUGGCAGCCAGCCUGAGGGGCGGCGCUCUGAGAUAAACAAGGUGGAGUCUGUGCCUGGGAAGCCUCUCCUACUGCGACUGGUCAGUUACAACUUUUAACAAAUAGGUCACUCCACAGUAAUACACUUUAUGGUAUAGCCUGCAGGUAUAAUGCCUUAUAACAUGUUAUAAGCAUGUAGAAGCCUUUAUAAAUCAAACCCAGCUGUUCACACGUUCCAUCUCCUGUAACAUAAUUUAUUUUAGCCCCGUGAAAUAUGGAGCGCCCGUAGCCAUGACAACGAAGAAGAGGAGGGGCAUGCUGUUCCCAUGAUGACCAGGCUGACACGCCGAGCGGCACGGAGGGCAAGGAGGGCCUCAGAGCCAGCGAUGACCCCUAGUAACCCCACUGUGACCUCUAGUGACCCCACACCUGCACAGUGGAGCGUAGAGCAAGUCUGGGAAUUCAUACACACACUGCCAGGUAACACACACAAACACACACAAGGACACACAUUCACCCAUCUCCCUGCUGUAGGUUGUUGGCCGGUUAUAACCUGUGUGUAUGUUGUCUUUAGGUUUUGGGGAGGUUAUAACCUGAGUGUAUGUUGUUUUAAGGUUGUGGGGGGGUUAUAACCUGGGUGUAUGUUGUCUUUAGGUUGUGGGGAGGUUAUAACCAGGGUGUAUGUUGUUUUAAGGUUGCGGGGAGGUUAUAACCAGGGUGUAUGUUGUCUUUAGGUUGUGGGGAGGUUAUAACCUGGGUGUAUGUUGUCUCUAGGUUGUGGGGAGGUUAUAACCAGGGUGUAUGUUGUUUUAAGAUUAUGGGGAGGUUAUAACCUGGGUGUAUGUUGUUUUAAGGUUGUGGGGAGGUUAUAAACAUAUUAUUAAAUAUGUUUAUUUUGAUUUAUUGUGUGCUGAAUUAGAUUGUUUUAUACACAUAUAUACUACCGGUCAAAAGUUCUGGAACACCUACUCAUUCAAGGUUUUUCUUUAUUUUUACUAUUUUCUACAUUGUAGAAUAAUAGUGAAGACAUCAAAACUAUGAAAUAACACAUACGGAAUCAUGUAGUAACCAUGUGGUCCUCUGUAGCUCAAUUGGUAGAGCAUGGCGCUUGUAACGCCAGGGUAGUGGGUUCGAUCCCCGGGACCACCCAUAAAAUGUAUGCACGCAUGACUGUAAGUCGCUUUGGAUAAAAGCGUCUACUAAAUGGCAUAUUAUUAUUAUUAUUAUUAAACAAAUCAAAAUAUAUUUUAUCUUUGAGAUUCUUCAAAUAGCCACGCUUUGCUGGAAGACCCAGAGUUACCUCUGCUGCAGAUUUCCACUGGUCUAAUGUCCAUUGCUCGUGUUUCUUGGCCCAAGCAAGUCUCUUCUUCUUAUUGGUGACCUUUAGUAGUGGUUUCUUUGCAGCAAUGCGACCAUGAAGGCCUGAUUCACACAGUCUCCUCUGAACAGUUGAUGUUGAGAUGUGUCUGUUACUUGAACUCUGUGAAGCAUUUAUUUGGGCUGCAGUUUCUGAGGCUGGUAACUCUAAUGAACUUAUCCUCUGCAGCAGAGGUAACUGGGUCUUACAUUCCUGUGGCGGUCCUCAUGAGAGCCAGUUUCAUCAUAGCGCUUGAUGGUUUUUGCGACUGCACUUAAAGAAACUUUCAAAGUUCUUGAAAUGUUCCGUAUUGACUGACCUUCAUGUCUUAAAGUAAUGAUGGACUGUCGUUUCUCUUUGCUUAUUUGAGCUGUUCUUGCCAUAAUAUGGACAACUGAUUGCCUCAAACGCAUGAAGAAGGAAAGAAAUUCCACAAGUUAACUUUUAAGAAGGCACACCUGUUAAUUGCAAUUCAUUCCAGGUGACUACCUCAUGAAGCUGGUUGAGAGAAUGCCAAGAGUGUGCAAAGCUGUCAUCAAAGCAAAGCGUGGCUAUUUGAAGAAUCUCAAAGAUAAAAUAUAUUUUGAUUUGUUUAACACUUUUUUUGGUUACUACAUGAUUCCGUAUGUGUUAUUUCAUAGUUUUGAUGUCUUCACUAUUAUUCUACAAUGUAGAAAAUAGUAAAAAUAAAGAAAAACCUUGAAUGAGUAGGUGUUCUAGAACUUUUGACCGGUAGUGUAUGUGUAUGUUGUUGUAUUAUUCUGUUUUUAUUGUAAUGUUUACAGGGCUCUCUUGUCAAAUAGAUUUUUAAUCUCAAUGUGACUCCCUGUUUUAAAUAAAGGUUUAAAAAAAUAAAUAAAAAAAUAACCUGUGUGUAUUUUGUUUUAAGGAGGUUGUGGGGAGGUUAUAACCUGGGUGUAUGUUAUCUUUAGGUUGUGUGGAGGUUGUAACCUGGGUGUGUGUUGUUUUAAGGUUAUGGAGAGGUUAUAACCUGGGUGUAUGUUAUCUUUAGGUUGUGUUGAGGUUAUAACCUGGGUGUAUGUUGUUUUAAGGUUGUGAGGAGGUUAUAACCUGGGUGUAUGUUGUUUUAAGGUUGUGGGGAGGUUAUAGCCUGGGUGUCCUUUAGUAGUGGUUUCUUUGCAGCCCAUAGGGCGGUGCACAAUUGGCCCAGCGUCGUCCGGGUUUGGCCGGGGUAGGCCGUCAUUGUAAAUAAGAAUUUGUUCUUAACUGACUUGCCUAGUUAAAUAAAGGUUAAAUAAAAAUAAACAAUGUUGUUUUAAGGUUGUGUGUAGGUUAUAACCUGUGUGUGUAUGUUUUCUUUAGGUUGUGUGGAGGUUGCGGAGGCGUUCCGUGUUCAGGAGAUAGACGGCCAGGCCCUGCUGCUGCUCACGGAGGACCACCUGAUGACCAGCAUGAACAUCAAACUGGGACCAGCUCUCAAGAUCUGUGCCCACAUCAACACACUCAGACACAGAUAG